CAUUACAGUCAGACUCAGUGUGUGUUUUGUAUGCGAGAGUGCAUUGAAUGGUAUAACAGUGCUGUUGUGUGUAUGAUAUGUGUUGUUGACGACUAUCUCAGCUGUGCUUCACUAAUACAGUGCUCUCUACAGUACACAACACAACCUACUAGUGCUGACUGGCGUACACUGAAUACGCACUGACUGUGCAUUUCAUUCAACACAACACUCUUUUACAGUGCAUUACAUUACACGGCAUUCAAUACAACCUAAAAGACACCGUUUGAUUGUUUGGCUAAUUGUUUGCAAAGACCAGUGGUGUCCACCUGUCCUCUCAACAUAACGAUUGACCUCAACUCGUAGGUCCCGUUUUGCCAAUCAAUAGCAUCACUUGUGGGUUUUUCAACUAACUGAUCAUCACAAGACCUGAUCUUAUCAAAUAUGGAAAGGGAUACAAAUCAGAUGAGUCCCUCCCUAUGUCGUUCCGGAUGUGGAUUUUAUGGCAAUCCAUCAUUUGAUGGUCUGUGCUCUCAAUGCUAUAAAGAAGCGGUCAAAAGGAAACAGUCGGCGCCAAACUCACAAUUAAGCCAAUCAUCAAACGCUUCGGUGUCUCAUCCGAGCGCUGGCAGAAAUAGCCCGAUAUCUUCAAUACCUUGUGACUCUUCCUCACUUAAAGCCACUUUAGACAAUAACCUGAACACCGCCCUACCAACUGUUCCAUCUGCGAUAAUAGCUCAAGACAUUAAAUUAGAGGGUUCAGCAAAUGCAGAGAAUAGCCAAUCUUCAGCUGUGGUCAAGACAAAUGUUGACAAAGAGUUGACCAACGGAUCGCAACAAACACCUCAAACGGAUGCCAAUGGAAGCGAUCCGCCCAAGACUAACAAGAAAAAGAAGAACAGAUGCACUAAAUGUAAAAUAAAUGUCGGCGUUAUUGGUUUUCCUUGUCGGUGUGGCGGCACUUUCUGUAGUACUCACCGGUACGCCAAUGAGCACAACUGUACGUUUGACUAUAGAGAACACGGCGCUGAAGAGAUUCGUAAAAACAAUCCACAAGUGAUUGGCGAAAAAGUUACCAAAAUUUGAGGGAAUAUUUAUCUAUAGAUUAAUUAAAAACCGGUCUCUUAUUAUAGUUUAUUAUACAAUUGAAUUAUAGCUAAAUUACAUUUUGGGUAUUCAUAUCUUUUUUCUCUAUAAAUUUCUUUGUCUAUCAAAGCAAUUGUCAUUAUUUUCCAAAUCAUGAGAUUCAUAAUCGAAGUCAGAAAUCAUUUAUAAAAAAAAUCACUAAUUUUAUGUCUGCAAUCAUAACUACAGAAAAAUAUUAAUAUUAAUAGAAAAUCGACAAACAAUAAAAUGAUCGAAUGAUACCUUAAUUGAUAAUAGGUUUUCCGUUAUAAGCACUGUAUGUCAGUAUAACAAACCUGAAUGCCGUUAGUAAUGAAUCUUAUUUCGACUUAUUAUGAAAUGGCAAUUGAAUUAUUUGUAUAAUAUAUGAAUUGUCAUAAUUGUUAACAUUUUUUCUAAAUAUUUCCUUAAUUAUAAUCUGUUUAUUGUUACAAAAAAUUAGAAAUUAUAUGAAAUACUGUGUCGGAAUUGUCGAUCUAAAUCCAAAUUAACGCCAAUUUAUAAACAAAUUCUUUUAAUUACAUCUAAAUAUGUUUAAUAGUAUACAUGAGACUUGAUUGCCUCAAAUGCCAGUUAUAUGCUUUUUUAUUUUUAUUAUAUUAUCAUUAAAUUCAAUCUAAUUUUAUAUGAAUUUAUUAUUUGAUUUGUGUGUAUAAAUGCGAGUUACCGCAGGUAACCAAUUGCUUAUAAAUAUGUUUGAAAUCAUUUCAAUUGUGACUUAGUUUUUAUUGGCGACCAACUGGUUAUCAUUACCAUUAAGUCUCAUGUAUUAAAAAUGAAUAAUAGAUUAUAAAUAAUAUUAUUGAACAUUAAAAAUGAUUAAUAAUUUGAGCCAUUUUUGCAAUUUUCAUUAUACAUCUUAUGCCUCAUUUGAUAGUUUAAAAA